AUGACUGCAUCUUUGGUGGUCGUGGCUAUCAUAGCUAACGGUGACUAUAAGUUGACUCUCCAAUCAAAUGCACAAAAUUCUCCAGAAGAUUAUCUUGAAGCUCACAACACAGCACGUGCAAAAGUUGGAGUUAAACCACUAAAAUGGGACUGGAGACUAGAAUCAUAUGCAUACCUACACCUGAGUCAAAAAACUGAGCAUUGCAUACCGAUUCAAUCGGAUGGUCCUUAUGGUGAGAACACAGUGAGUGGUGUUAAAGCAACGGAAGCAUUCAGAAAGCUUACUGGAGCACAAGCUGUGGGCGUAUGGGUGGCACAGAAACAAUACUAUGACGAAAAAUCCAACUCAUGCAUUGGCGGUUACUGUCGUCACUAUAUGCAGGUUGUUUGGCGUGACACUACUCAUAUAGGUUGCGCUAGAGUCCAAUGCGAAGUUGGAGCCUACAUGGUUUCCUGUAACUAUAACCCUCCAGGAAAUUUGCUUAAUCAACGACCCUACUAA